ACGACAGACAACACCUGGCUUCCAGUCCCGUUUCCAACACUGCCGACUCCAGCUCCUCACAUCUCGGGGCCGACCAUGCACGAGACCGAGACGCCGUCCUUGGAACCGUCGCCGUCCUCGGAGCCGUCGCCAGCUGUCUGGCGCAGGGCCUGUACCGCGUGCACCGGAGCCAAGCGCAAAUGCUCCAAGCAGGUUCCACGCUGCCGUCGAUGCGACCAUCGAGGGCUGGAGUGCUUCUACCCGCCGGCACGCGCGUCGGCGGGUGAGCCGCACCUGGAGAUGCCCCUACCAUCAGCCGCGGAUGUUCCUCUCCAGCCGGCGGACAUCUCUGCACAGGAGCAGCCGCCGCACCCUCAAGUGCCCGAUUGGUUUCUAGCGCCUGACUCGUGGGAGGUUGCUCACCUUCCGCCUCAGCCACUGCCUGACCUGUUCGGCGAGGAGACCCUAUCUGCAUAUGUCACUAUUAUCCAGAGCUGGUUGCGAAUGUGGGUUACUGAUGACCACUGCCCCUUUAUUCACCGGUACCUGUAUCGUGCCCACAUGCCUAGACGGAUGCAAGACGCAUACACGACCAUUUCCGCGUAUCUCCACAAGACGCCAGAGACCGAGGCGACGGUACGCCGCAUCAUCGAGCACCGCCUGCAACAGCUGAUGGAGGAGAACUUUGUCGAGUCCUCGCUGGAGCUCGGCUCUACAAUCCUCGUGGACCACCUCGCCCGCGUGCAGGCGUUGCUCGUGCUCCUCGUCAUCUGCCUCUUCGACGGCAGCAUCCGGCUGCGCGCCCAGGCCGAGCUGCACCUGGCGACGCUUUCUGCCUGGAACGAUCAGAUGUGGCAGGUGUCGACGCAGGAGGUCCGGAGUAACGCCACACUGGAGCCCUGGCGGCUCUGGAUCUUUGGCGAGAGCAUCCGGCGGACAUGGCUCACAACCAGCAUUAUCCACUGUGUCUACAUAACCAUCACGCAGGGUUAUUCGUGGUGUCCUGGGGGUGUCUAUUGCACUUUCGGGAACGAGCUGUGGGAUGCGAGGACGGCACAUGACUGGGAAAGGAAAUCCGAGUCUGGCAGGAAGCGUUUGUUCAUGCAGAGCCUGGAUGUGAUGGAGCUUUUUCUCGAAGACGAUCCUGACGCUGUCGAUGCGUUUGGCCAUGCGAUCAUGUUGAUAACCUCCGGGAUAGACAAGGUUCAACGGUGGACAGCACGUAAGGAUGCGUCUCCUCUCACAUGAAGCACUUUCAUAGACGCCUUUGAAACAAAAAGAUCACACUCCCACUUGGCUGACUCACACGACUCACGCG